GUUAUACAUCCACCUUUUCUAUCAUUUUUACUGACUCAUUAGUGAUUAGCGACCUACUGUCAUUUCCUCAGGAAGUUACAAACCUAAGGUCAAGAACAAGCAGACAACUCCGUGUUGUUAAUUCACGAGAGAAGAUGAAAGGGUCGGAGCUCUUGCUGAUACUGGCAGCACUGCAAGCUUCUCUCUCACAGAACAUAGAAGUAUCCCAGAUCCCUGAAGUGAAUGUCAUAGAGGGCAGCACAGCCAACCUAGAGUGUAGCUACAACAUGAGCAACUUGGAUCUACCCACUGGCUGGUACAGAUGGUACAGACAUGUACUGCAUGGGAUUGAUAUCUUUCUGAGUGAUGAUUUUAAGAACAGAAUUACCAUAGAAACUAAAGAAGAUUUCCUGAACAAGAGAUCAGCCAGCAUAAAGCUGCACAAUGUAGGACUCACAGACACCGGAAUGUAUUUCUGUGAAGUGGAGUUUUCUGCCUCAUUUCAUAGAAAAGGCAACGGUAAUGGAACAUUUCUCAAUGUGACUGUGACAGGUGAAGUUCCAGCAGGUCCAACUUCAAGUCCUUCAAGCAGAUGCUUCACCAUUUAUCAUUGUGCUGGAGCAGCUGCCCUGGGUUUACUCAUGUCGUUUGUACUUUAUCUGAACUGCAAAAAACAUAAUCAGGUUUUUAAAGAAGAAGAAAUAACUUGUGCCUCCAAGAAGCAAACAGACAAGGAUCCCACCAACUGUUAUACAGAACAAAUUGAAGAGCAAAGUGUAUAAAGCAUUGUUAAGGGCCGUUAAACACAGAUUUUUUUAUAUAAAUUGGGGUGCAUAUGAGAAGUAAGUUCUACAAAACCUAUUGUCACAUACGCCAAAGAUAAUUGCUUACAUUUCAGGCAGAGGCAGGCCAAGCCGGCGGGGGAUCCUAGGUAACCCAGUCGGCCGGCUCUCUGCCCUCGCCUCGUGAAUGCGUGUGAUUGACCACACACUGCUGAACCUUGCACCAAACAUGCCAGCAAAGAUGACAAAGCAGCUCAGAAGAUAACUGCCAAGCAGUGAGAGUAUAAGAUCCAGAAUGGGGGUAAGCAGCAGAAGAGGUACAUGCCUGGCACCCCUGCCACUGUGCCCUAGGCACGUGCCUCUUCUGCCUACCCCUAAUUCAGGUCCUGAAUUCAGGUGGGCCCCGGCCAGUGGCUGACCAGUUCAAAGUUGCUUGUCAGAGUUAUGAAAUGCAGACAGAAACUGGCUCAAGUGCAGCCUUGUGACAUAAUAGCUAUACCCGUGAUGUCAUUACUCCAUCCUCGUACAUCACCCAUCCAGCCCCAACAUCAUCAUCUUGACUCCUGACAUCACCACCCAAAUCUUUGUCAGGUUUUUGCUAUCACCAAAGAAGGUAACCCUAGUACCCAUGUCCAGAUCUGUGUUUUAACAGUUGUUCUUUUCAAAUAUGCCAUAAUAAAUGUUUAUGUUCUCAGUAUACAAUAGAAUAGACACAUUUAUCACAAACUCACUAAAGCAGGGGUGUCUAAAAGGUAGAUUGGGAUCUACCAGUAGACCUUUCGCUGGUGAUCAGUAGAUCUCAAGACACUGUCAACAAACAGCUUGUCUAAAUCACCCUCCUAU